UCGCAAUAACAAAGCUUGCUGCCACACAACUACGUGGCUGCGAUUGAAGCAGCGAAGCUCGAAAGCGAAAGUGGAAAGUUGCACCUCUGCUCGCACCCCUACUGGCUUGGAGGACCCACUCGACUCGCCAGGAUGUCGCACGCCAUCGACGAACUGCAGGCGAUCAUCGCCGAGCUGAAGACGGAGCUGGAGGAGCCGAAGACCGCCGGGAGCAACAGCAGCCGCCUGGUGCGCGAUCGCAUCGAGCGCAUGUCCGCCGAGGUGGUGGACUCCAAUCCCUACAGCCGCCUGAUGGCCCUGCAGCGCAUGAACAUCGUCAGGGACUACGAGCGCAUCCGCGACAAGGCGGUGGCCAUUGUGGGCGUGGGCGGCGUGGGCAGCGUCACCGCCGACAUGCUGACACGCUGCGGCAUCGGCAAACUGAUCCUGUUCGACUACGACAAGGUGGAGCUGGCCAACAUGAACCGGCUGUUCUUCACGCCCGACCAGGCGGGCCUCUCCAAGGUGCAGGCCGCCGCCGCCACGCUGGGCUUCAUCAACCCGGACGUGGAGAUCGAGACGCACAACUACAACAUCACGACGGUGGAGAACUUCGACCGCUUCCUGGACACCAUCGCGCAGGGCGGUCGCGUGGCCGGCCAGCCGGUGGAUCUGGUGCUCAGCUGCGUGGACAACUUCGAGGCCCGGAUGGCCAUCAAUGCGGCCUGCAAUGAGCGCAAUCUCAACUGGUUCGAGUCGGGCGUCUCGGAGAACGCCGUCUCGGGGCACAUUCAGUUCAUCCGUCCCGGCGACACGGCCUGUUUCGCCUGUGCCCCUCCCUUGGUGGUGGCCGAGAACAUCGACGAGAAGACGCUCAAGAGGGAGGGCGUGUGCGCCGCCUCCCUGCCCACCACCAUGGGCAUCACGGCUGGCUUCCUCGUCCAGAAUGCGCUCAAGUAUCUGCUGAGCUUCGGCGAGGUCUCCGACUACCUGGGCUACAAUGCCCUCAGCGAUUUCUUCCCCAAGAUGACGCUCAAGCCGAAUCCGCAGUGCGACGACAGGAACUGCUUGGCGCGGCAGAAGGAGUUCCAGGCCAGGCCCAAGCCCGUGGUGGUAAAGGAGGAGGCGGCCAGCGAGGAGCCGCUGCACGCCACCAACGAGUGGGGCAUCGAACUGGUGGCCGAGGAUGCGCCAGAAAGUAGUGCCACGCCAGCUAAGACCUCUGAGGUGGGCAAAGGCCUGAGACUCGCCUACGAGGCACCCGAAAAGGAUAGCGAAAUUCUGGGAGAUGCUGUGCCCGCACCCGACGACGGUGCCAGUCUUGAGGACCUGAUGGCGCAGAUGAAGUCCAUGUGAAAAAUUGAUUCCAUACUCUGUAUUUAUAGAAACUUUUUGUGAAGCAUUUUUUUUGUAUAAACUCAGUUUUGUUUGUGUGCAAGUUGGCUUGGCCAUUUUAAAUAUACACGCUUCUGUGCAAAUUGCCAACUGACAAGCUGGAACACCAUGAAUAAAUGUUAUUUUUAUAAUAAAUAUAUUUAAGAGCAAAUUCUUGAACUUUCUGCGCAGCCAUUGUAUUUGUUUAAUAAUAAAACCAUAUAAAAUAGGCA